UUUCUUAUAUUUCCUCCACGUACACUUCUCAACAUGGACUCAUCCAAACUCUCAUUGCUCUCUCUCUGUCUCCUCAUUUGCAUUAUCUGUUCUCCCCAACACUCACUCUCAUGCGGUUCCUGCAACCACCAGAAGGGCGGAUUACCCUCAAUUAAACCCCCUGUCACCAUUCCCAAGCUUCCUGUUCCUCCGGUUACUGUUCCUAAGGUACCCGUUCCUCCAGUAACUGUCCCUAAUCUACCCGUUCCUCCUGUAACUGUUCCAAAGCUACCUAUUCCUCCGGUGACCGUACCUAAACUUCCAGUUACCGUACCUAAACUCCCAGUUCCUCCGGUGACAGUCCCUAAGCUACCCAUUCCGCCAGUGGCCAUUCCAAAGGUACCCGUUCCUCCAGUUACUGUCCCAAAGGUACCUGUUCCUCCUGUGACUGUCCCUGAGCUUCCACUUCCUCCAGUGGGCGGGCUACCCACAUUGCCACUACCACCAUUACCAGGGACUAUCCCACCAGCCACAGGAGGGAAGGAUUGUCCUCCAACCCCGGGUAGCGAGAUGCCCCCAUCAGGCAGUGGGAAGGCCACAUGUCCAAUAGACACGCUUAAGUUGGGGGCGUGUGUGGACUUGUUGGGAGGUUUAGUAAAGAUAGGACUUGGAGACCCUGCAGUUAACAAAUGCUGUCCGUUACUUAAAGGCCUCGUUGAAGUUGAAGCAGCCGCCUGUCUCUGCACUACACUCAAGCUUAAAGCUCUUAACCUUAAGCUUUAUGUCCCUGUUGCUCUUCAGCUUCUUCUUACCUGCGGUAAAAAUCCACCUCCGGGGUACACUUGUUCCAUCUGAUAAAUUCUCUCCAGCUAAAGGAUAGUUUGGAGAAAAAAGUGGGAAGAGAAUGGCGGAGCUCCAAUCUUUCCUUUCUUCCAUUAUCAAUCAUAUCAAAUCCUUUCCCGUUAAUUCUUUCGCCUAUCUCCCCCUCCUGCUUGUAUUAUUUAAUGUGUGAUUUUAGAUUAAUGAUUCUUCUUUUGUAUUAAGUAUGAUUUAAAAUCUUUUCUUUUAAUUAAUUAAUGAAUUGAGCUUCGUGAAAA